AGUAAAAAUUAAAAAAAAUAUGAAUUUCCGACGAUCACGAACUAGGUCGCGUCGGAAUUCAAUGAACAUAAUGGUUUCUACUGAGAAGUGGCGUAACUAUAGAAGAAAGUUUUCUCGCCGUGGAAAUGAGUGUCUGGAUGAAGACUCGGAGGACGAUAUGCCUAGAGCUAGUGAGCUUAAAGAAUGGGUUGAUGAAUUCUUCGUUCGAAAAAGUACGGUCUCGAACCAAUCAGAUCAAGAUGUGGAGGUUAACCUUACAAAAAAACAAACCUUAGUUUUAGCCACUUUGGUACCAGAUGAAAUACUUCUAAUGGAUAAUUUUCAAGCAGUUGAAACAAAACGUUUUGUUGGCGUUUUAAUGAUGGCAGAUGUGUCAGGAUAUACAGCUUUAUCAGAAAGAUACAAUAACACAGGAAAAGGAGGUACCUAUAGGUUGACAGUUACACUGAACACUUACCUUGGAUCCCUUAUAGAAGUUAUAUACAGUCAUGGUGGUGAUAUAAUAAAAUUUGCUGGUGAUGCAUUCUUAGCUCUUUGGAAAACAGAUAAAAGAAGUUUCUUAUGCCACACCAUUCAUACAGCGAUCGCGUGCGCCCUCAUAAUACAACAUUCGUUUGGUUCUUAUGAAACUGACGUUAAAGUAAAUCUUAAAGUUAAGCUAGCAAUUUCAGCAGGGAACAUCAUUUUUUCGCCCAUCGGAUCUGGAAUUGACAUGAAUUAUAUAAUUUUUGGUCUGCCUGUAAUAGAAGCGAAAAUAGCGGAGAGUUUAUGUGGAUCUGGAGAAGUAAAGUUGACUCCUACAGCGUGGGGGCACUGUUACUCAAGAAACUAUGAUCAUGAUAUCAGUAACGAUGGUCACGUUACAAUAAAAGCAAUACUAUAUGAUCCACGGGAAGAAGAUAUCAGUAAGCCUUUUCUCGGCUUUGGAACUAUGAUCCGUCAAAUUAACAAACCAUUCGUAACUUUAGAAAAUCUACCAGAUUUUCUUUUAAAUGAUUCUGCACAAAUAAGCACGGCAGAUAUAUCUAAGAGAAGUGAAGUACUAAAUUUACGUAAAACAAUAUUAAAAGCGGAAGGAAGGAAUAUUGGUUCAGAAAUAAGAAAAUUUAUGAUCAGGCCUGUUUUAACCCAAAUCGAUGCUCAUCAACCUUUAGAGUACCUGACGGAAAUGAGACAAGUCUCUAUUUUAUUUGUUACCCUGAAGCCUAAAGAAUGUCCUUUCCCGCAACUCAUAACGAUAGUAAAUAACGCAUACCAAAUAACCAGCGAUAUCGUAUACAAGUCUAUGGGCUGCGUAAACAAAAUUAUUCUUUUUGAUAAAGAUGUUAUGAUUUUAGUGAUUUUUGGGUUACGUGGUUUUAAACAUGAAUCGGAAGCCCAAGCUGCUUUAAAAUGUGCUUAUAGUAUAAAAAAAAGUGUUUCAGCCCUUGAUGGUGUCUCAGAAGUGUCUAUUGGCGUCACUACUGGUCAAGUAUAUUGUGGAGUGGUUGGUCAUCCUCUGCGAAGAGAGUUUACGGUAAUUGGUGCAAUUGUUAAUAAAGCUGCAAGAUUUAUGUGCAAUUUUCGAAAUAAAAUUACUUGCGAUGAAGCAACUUAUGUUAAAAGUAAAAUGUCCAGUAACGGGUUUACCUUACAACCACCUACAGAACUCAAAGGAAUUAUUCAUCCAGGCAAGAUUUAUGAAUAUACGGAAGAGAUUAGGAUAAAAGAAUUGUUUGGUAUCCCCUUAAUACCACCGUUGCUAAACCGAUAUGACGAAAUGGAAUACUUCAAAAAUUGGCUUAAUGAAGCCCAUUUAUCUUAUAGGGAUUUUAAUGCAUUAUUACUUAUUGGCGAAAGUAGGAUUGGCAAAACGAGAUUAUUAGAAUGGAUGGCACGAUACGCUAGGAAUAAAGAUCUCAAAGUAUGCUAUUUGAGCUUAACUUCGAUACAUUCAGCAACGCCAUAUUUGGCACUAAGUCAACUUAUUGAAAACAUAAUGGAUCUUAAGGAGCCCAUAGUUGGGUUUGAAAAGGAAGAGAAAAUUGUUGAACUACUACAAAACUAUAGCGACGAUUUGAGUUAUUUAAAUAAUAUAAUAAAUGUUCGUUUUGCUUAUAACGAAGAUAUUUAUUCCCAAAAUGAAAAUGGACGUAAGGAAAAAGCAAAAAAGAUUUUUAAGAAAUUACUUUUAUCAAUACCAUAUCCUUGUGUAAUAUUGUUUGACGAUUUACAAAAUUUAGAUCCAGAUUCGUGGGAAUUUGUAGCUAUAUUAUUUGAUAUAAUGAAAAUGUUUACCGUAUUAACGGUCACUCGUGGUAAGUUUAGCUCAGUACACAGUUGGCUUUACGCUGUUUUUAUUGAACAUAAUAUACGUAAAAUAAACUUAGGCCCUUUACGCUUUAAUUGGAUUGCACCACUGGCUUGCCAAAUUUUAGACGUAGAAGCUGUACCAAAUGAUUUAUGUGAUGCCCUUAAAAUAAAAUGUAAUGGAAUGCCCGGGCUAGUUGAAAGUUUUAUUGUUCAUUUAUUCUCUAAUGGAGCCUUAGAGUUAAAUAAAAUUCAUAAUAGUGAACUGAAAAAUUGGCUAGAUGAAGAUUUGCAGUUUCCGGACCCUAUUUUUUUACGUCCAACAGCAUUGAAUGCAAGAGAUCAAUUUACUUUGGACCAAUUAUUAGAAGAAAAUAAAACGGAAGAAAUCUCAAUAUGUUUAGUAACAAACAAGAAAGAGCUUAAGACAGAUAUAAAUGUCCAAAAUAUUGACGCUUUGAUCAUGAUCCAAAUGGAUUCAUUAACUCCGUAUCAACAGCUUCUUUUAAAAAUUGCUUCCGUUAUAGGAAAUGUACUUUCAAGAGAGCUUUUGGAAAACAUAAUGUAUAAUAAUAAUGCUUCAACUACAGCAAAAGCAAUCAAGAGAUUAUUUGCAAUGCGUAUAUUGACUUGUGCAAAUAACAAAAGAACGACUUCGGGAGGAACUAUAAUCUCAAAUUAUUCUGGUAGUUUAAAUUUAAUUUGCGAAUGUGUAUUUGAUUAUGAAACUGAGAAUGGUGAUAAUCUGCCAAAGUAUGCUUUUUGCAAGGUUAUGAAAUUUCGAAAUAAAAAUUCAAGAAAAUCAUUUUAUGAAUUAUUGCCUUUAAAUCAGAAGAAAGAAUUUCAUUUACGUAUCGUUAAUUAUCUAGAAAAUAAUAAACAAAAGUGCCCAGAAUGUGGAGGUACAGUUAUGGUUGUCCAGUCAACAAUGAAUUUAUUUCAACAAACCUCUUAUGAGAACAAAUAUUAUCCAAACGAGAGUCUUAAAAUAGAAGAAGAAGAAUAUAGUAAACGUGAGUCGGUCGAACCAAAGCAAGAAUCAAUUGAUAUUCGAAGAUCUAGAUCAGAUGUUUAUUCUAAAAUGCCUAAUACGAGUAGAUCUCCACCAACUUCAGUAAAAAGUGAAAUAUUAAAUAAAACAACCCCAAUUUUGAAAAUAAAGCCAAUUAAUGAUGACGAUAUUGAUGCCCGAAGAAGAUCCACUAAAAGAGUUACUAUGUCAAACAUGGUUAUCACAACCAAAAGUUUUGAAGAAAUAAACAUUCCAACUAUAUUUGAUAUGUUCAGAGCUGUAACAGAAGCUGACCAAAUAGCGGCAUGGCGUCAUCUAGGUGUGAUUGACAGUGAAGAUAAUGUAAAAGCUAACACUAUUGAUAAAGAAAAUAGAUCGUUUUGCAUACACAUAGAAAAAGGUGUAUCCCAAAUAAACGUUGAUAGGUGUACGUGUGCAGAGCUUAAUAUCAUUAUAUACGAGCAGCUUAUAUAUCACUCCAAAGAAGCGGAUCUUAAGACUAAAAUGGUAGAAUUUCAAAUACAAUUUAGUUAUUUAAAUGUUCUAGCAAACAACUUUGAUGCUGCAAUACCAAAACUUGAAGAAGCGGAGGAUACCUGCCAAGAAAAAUGUACAUUUUCCAUCUCAUGGUAUGACAGAGAGCGGCUUUUAGGCAAAAUAUAUUCCUUGAAAGCAGCUGCACUGCUAAUGAGUGGUAGACUAACAUUGGCUAAAAUAAAUAUAGUUAAAGCUGCUAAAAUAUAUCGCAUAAACUUAAAUAAAAUAUCAGAUAUUCUACAAAUACGAGGUUUGGUAAUCAUGAAUCUUAAACGCAAAAAUCAUCGUCUGCAUCACGCGCGUAUGAAGGUAGAUUCAAUCUUUUUCUUAAAUGUUGCAGCUGUCUUAUAUGCCUCAUUAGACGAUGAACAAACCUCUAGAAUAGCAGCACAUCGCUCUAUUCGUCUGGUACAGCGACUUGGAUGCAGUGUCAUAGACUUAAGUGAUGCAUUUACAAACGCCAUUCAAAUGGAGCUUGAUCGGGGAACUCCCGAAUCGACUUUAAACUUGGAAAAAAUGGCGGUUAAUUCUUUGCAAAAUAUUAAAAGCCCUAUACAAGCGGAAGAAUUAUUUGCUAUUGGAAAAUUAUUUAUGACAGUUUUUCGUGCUCGACUGGCACGGGGUAAACUUGUAGAUUCUAUUCGAUCAGGUUUCCGGGCCCUAGUUAUAAGUCGUUUCCUACAUGCGCAUAGUAUAUCGAUGGAUCUAAUACCGGAUUUAUUUUACUUGUUAAUCUCACGUUGCCGUAUCGUAGAAGCUGUAGAAGUCGUCAAAUUACUUUUGCAUUUAGCUGAAAAUCAAACGACCCUUGAAAGUGAAACCUGGUACUACGCUCUUAGUAUUGACUUGAUUUUAGACGCAGGGCUGCAAUUAGAAUCCCCAAAUGAAAUAAGCCUUUACGCUGAAUGUUCUAUUCACAAAGGAGAAGCAGCAGGACAAAGUCGUCGAAGACUUGUCGUGGGAUUAUGGACUUAUUGGUUAAGAGCUGAUUCCGAGACUAGAGCUAAGCGAUUCGAAACUGAAGCAUUAUUUUGGUCGAAUCGCAAUGAAGAAGACGGUACUUUAAAGACUAUGAUAAGUUCAACGCGUCUGGCUGAAGGAAUGUUAGAGAGUUUAGCUAGGAAAAUGGAUGACUUAAGAAAGGUGGUUGAUCUCGUGGAAUUGCGUUCUUUGGCCGACCGUGAGCUAUCGAGGUUAGAGCAUGACGCCCGUGAUUUACGGGCUGUUUACCCGCGAUGGAUGUUGCUCAAGGCCGCUUCACUCAAUUUAUCUGGCCGACAUACUGCAGCAACGUCCCUUUUAAAUCAGGCAUUAGAAGAGUCUCGACGAACCCACAACCGACUUGAGGAGGCGUUAGCCACAGCCGCCACAUCCAACUUCCGCUGUUGGAUACAAAGCGCGCGCAGUGGAAAUUUCCCUAAUUGGACCGUGGGUGCCGAAAAAGUACGCACAGCUUGGCAUGAACUUUUAUAUAAAAUAACUACUAAUCGUCAAUAAUACUGUAUAA